UGCAGCUGGAAGGGAAGAACAAGCCUUGCUUCCUAGAGCUGCCUUGACGCAAUAAAACUAAGCCUUUUGCAGCAACUGGCAAAUGCAAGCUCGCGAAGACUCCUCUCCUCACCCUGGAGGCUGCGGCUCAGGGCGGCCAGGGGGGCGAUGUUUAGGGGGUCGCCAUGGAGACGGAGGUCGCCUUGGAGACGGAAGGAGCAAGUCUUGCUGGGUCCGGAGCACAGCCCGGUCCGGUGGAGCCGCCUGGCCCGCGGGGCAGCGCAUGACGAUGUCAGACAGAGCUAAGGACCUAGCCAUGCGUUCACAGAGGAAAACGGGGGUCUCCUCCUCUCUGAGCACCCUCGAGCUCCACGGGAAGGAGAUUCAGGGCCACAGCAAAGACUCUGUGAGUGCCGUGUCUUACAUGGAUGAGCCGAGCCUGCAGGACGAGCUCGCGCGUCUCUCCGUGGGAGUGGAGAACACCUACCAGCUGGGUCCUACCAAACGUUUUCCUGUGGUCACUGUCAAUCAUAUUUUGAAAGACGUGUUAACAAACUAUCUACAAGAGAAAAAAUAUGAACCAGAAUUCUGCAAGCAGAUGACUAAAACUAUUUCUGAGGUUAUUAAGGCCCAGGUCAAGGAAUUAAUGAUCCCACGGUAUAAACUAAUUGUGGUCACUCACAUUGGACAACUGAAGGAUCAGAGCUUGUUUAUUGGAAGCAGAUGCCUCUGGGAUCCUAAAAACGAUACUGUUUCAUCCUAUGUUUUUAGAAAUUCUUCUCUCUUUGCUCUUGCCAAUGUCUAUGCAAUUUACUUUGAGUGACUGAAAAGAAGAAAUGUAGUUCUUGCUUUAUGUUCACAAAAACAUUACUGCCAAAAACUUUGAGAAAGAAACAAGACUAACAUUUUUAACAAACAGAAGCUUUCAGAAUUUUUAGGGCUGGGCAUGGUGGUGCACACCUGUAAUCCCAGCACUCGGGA